AUGGAUGGAAAAGAAAAUUCUGCCAAGUAUGAUGAUAGCUUCGAGCCGUUACUCUCAGAGCGCACCCCCGAUAGCCGCCAUCGCGUCUCUGUGAAGUACCGCAUAAUUUUUGUUAUCAGCGGAUUUAUAUUAGUUAUAUCAUGCAUUCUUUUGGGCUCAAGGGUUUUGGGCCUUCCAUUCAAUAGCCUUAAGAGCACACCAUGUCAUACAACUGUGCGGCCGGAAUGGAGGUCAUUGUCAUUAAAAGAACGGGAGAACUACGUUGCUGCUAUCCAAUGUCUUUCAAACAGCCCUUCACGUUUGGGAUUGAACACUACUCGCUAUGAUGACUUUGUUUAUUCUCACCUAGGGGUUGCCGAUGAUACCCAUGGAACUCCAAUAUCAUUGCCAUGGCAUCGUUUAUAUAUGCAACGAUAUGAAGAUGCCUUGAGAAAUGAGUGUGGAUAUAAAGAUCCCUUACCAUAUUGGGACUGGACGCUGGAUUCAUCUAACCCCACAGAAUCUCCUGUGUGGUCUAGUCAAUACGGCUUAGGCGGCAACGGCAGUAGACCAGACAAUUGUCUGGUAGAUGGGCCGCUGGCUAUCAUGAAACCACAAUAUCCCCAGCCUCAUUGCUUGAAACGGAACUUUGCGGUUGAAAAUAUGCACGGGAUGGAAUUCACAUCGUCUAUUGUUGACAAUAUAAUCUCGAAUACAAGCACGUACCACGACUUCCGCCUACUGCUUGAACGCGGACCCCAUCGAUAUAUUCAUUUGGGAAUUGGAGGUGAAAUGCCUGAACUGUGGUCGAGCAAUGACCCGAUCUUCUUCCUCCAUCAUGCGCAGAUUGACCGGUUGUGGUGGAGGUGGCAGCGCCACGGCCACGAAAAUGAACUUAGAGGGUAUGAUAGUAUCGACGAAGGUCUUGGGACUUCUGAUACUGGCAAUUUAAUUUCGAUGCGGGAUGUGUUAAAGUUUAGUGGUCUCGGUGACGAUGUUACGGCCGGCGACGUAAUAUCAACACAGACAUCACUUCUGUGUUAUACAUAUGAAUGA